UUUUUUCAUCUCUAGCCUUCAUUUUGCACCAUGUCGCUAUCGUUGAUUUUUUUCAUUGUACAAUGCAUACAGUGUAUAGUAUCAACAUUGGCACAGAAGUCGUUUAUUGAGCUUUUCAUUGCACAAGGCAUACAGUGUAUAGUAUCAAAAUGUGCUCAGAAGUAGUUUAUUGAGAAUGUUGAAUACAGAGAAUCUUCUGUGUUUGACAGAUAACGGAUUAUUUCGCCCUUCGCAAGAUGGCCGCUUUUACAGACUGCUUCUGGUACAUUCUUGCCUACUGUGAAGAACAGGAAGUAGCUUGGAAAACCAUCGUUUCUUGACACGUCGUAUUCCGAAUGUUUUUGAGCCAGCAAUCAUGGAUCUCAGCUGAAAGUCAAGCAACUGAAAAUAAAACCAAAAACCCAUUGAGCCAUGGAGAAGUUUGGGAUGAGCUUUGGGGGUGGCCCCAGCAAGAAGGAGCUUGUGGACGCCAUAGAGACUCAGAGAAAGCAGUUGGUCCAGUAUCAAACACGCUUCAAGGAUGUGGUCAGGGCCUACAAGAGCCUGCUGAAGGAGAAGGAGGCUCUGGAGGCUAGUCUCAAGGUACUGACCGUCUCCCAGGAGGUCGACCUCAGCCAGCGUGGAGAUGACGGCUCUGCCAGUGGCAGCAAUAUGACCUAUGACUUCCCAGAUGAUCACUGCUCCAUGCACAGCGAGGACAGUCUGGACACAGCAGCCUCCGCCGACACUGCUACCAGCAUUACCAGUGGGAGCACCAAGGGCGACCAGGCUGAAGAGGACCAGGGUAGUAGCCCAGGAGAGAUGGGGGCGACCGGGCCUGGAGGCCCCUCAGUGUCCCAGAGGUCUGAGGAGGCUAGUGGGUCAGAGAGCGGUAUCAGCUCCAGCAGUAGUGGAGGAUCUGAGGUUCAGCAGCACCUAACACCCCCACCCACCUCUUCUAUGGAGGCUGACCGGAGGGUCCUCCAGCUGAAGACCCAACUGACCACCCUGACCAGCUCCCUGGCCACGGUCACGCAGGAAAAGUCCAGGAUGGAGGCCAACUUCCAGGCCGACAAGCGGAAGAUCAAGCAGGACAUGGAUGCGCUCCAGGGGACGCUGGAGGAGUCCAAGAGGCAGCAUGAAGCAGAGAUCCAUGCCCUGCAUGAGCAGCUGGCGGAGAGCAAGGCUCGGGUUAUAACCCAGCAACAUGAGAGAGAGCAGGAGCAGGGUGACCACGCCCUCAUGCUCAGAGAGCUCCAAAAAUUGCUGCAGGAGGAGAGAAGCCAGAGGCAGGAUGCUGAGCUUCGGCUGGAGGACACUAGGGAGGUCCUGCUGGAGGUCACACAGGCCGCAGAUCGAGGGCAUGAUUAUGAGGCCCGGCUAAAGGAGGUGACCCAGCAGAGGGAGGAGAUGAGGAGGAGCCUUCAGACUGCGGAGGCAGAGAGGAACAAGCCAGACCCACGGGUGGAGGAGCUUCAGCGGGAGCUGGCGACACUCAAGAACCACUUUCAGCAGCAGAUGCAGCAUGAGAUCAGAAAGGUGUCGCAGGCAGAGGAGCGUCUGCAGGGGCAAUCCCAGCUGGAGGAGGGCCGUGUGGCCAGCCUGGAGUUGCGAGUGUCUGAGCUGUCUGAGCUGCUUGGGGCCUGCGAGAAGGCCCGGCAGAGGGACCAGCAGAAUACCCACUGGCUGAGAGAGCGCAUCCUGCAGCUGGACACGGAGAACAAGACCCUGGCCAUCGCCGCUUCCACCCGCGGUUCCCCCCUGGACCUCAGCAUGGACGAGGCCAACCUGGAUGUGAACGUGCUGAAGGAGCGCCUGGAGAAGGUGAAGAGACUUCUUCUGCUAGCCACACAGAGGAACCACCCAGAGCAGACCAUGGAGAUAGAGAAGAUGGCUGAGAUGGAGGGGCAGCUGGGUAAGGGGACAGGCAGUUGUGGGGAGUCAUCAGACGGGGAGAAGGCCUCUGCGCUGUACUACCAGCAGGAACUGCGGCAGCUGAAGGAGGAGUUUGAGCGCUACAAGGUGCGGGCGCAGGUGGUGCUGAAGAACAAGAACGCUAAAGACUGUAGCCUCGCCAAAGAGCUGGAGGAGGCCCGUGACCAGCUGGCUGAGCUCAAGGAGAAGUACAUCAACCUGCGUAUCCAUGGCGACGAGGCGGAGGCCAAGCACCGCCGGGAGCUGGAGGAGUGUCAGCAGGGGAAAGGGAUGCUGCAGCAGGGUCAUAAACAGGAGCUUGACCGGGCUGAGGCCCAAUACAGAGAGAGCCUCCUCAGGCUGGAGGGGGAACUGCACCGGCAGAGGGACCGCACCAUGGCCCUACUGCAAGAGAAGGACCAGGAGUUGGAGAAGCUGAAGUCUAUCGGCUACAGUCUCGCUGGUUACAGAAGCCACCACAGCGACGAAGGAGAAACGGGGGCGGACUUCAGAGCGACCGCGGACGGCGGCAGCAACAACAGCAACAACGCCAACAACAUGGAUGACUUGGCGCAGGAGGAGAGUGACAUCAUCACCCAUGCAUUGCGGCUGGCAGGGCCCAACGAGCCCACACUCCUCCUGUACGUCGAGCAGCUGGCAAGAAAGGAGGUGGAGAUCGGCUCGCUGCGGCGGCAGAAGCACCGGCUCGAGGAGGACGUGCACCAGCUGCAGGGGAGGCUGAUCGCAAACGGGGAGCGCUACGACGAGGAGGUGGCUGAGCUCCGAGGCAGGCUGGACAAACGGCACAGGGACCAGGGCAGGGAGGGGGCCAACUUGGAGUACCUCAAGAACGUAAUCUACAAGUUCCUCACCCUUCAGGACACCAGGGGGCGUCAGCAGACCCUCACAGCCAUACUGACCAUCCUGCACUUCAGCCCUCAGGAGAAGCAGGCGGUGGUCAAACAGCACCAGAACCAGGCAUGGUGGACGGCAGGUAUGAGGUAAUGAUGAUGAUGAUGAUGGGAGGAGAAGAGUUCAGCUCCUCACUCUGCAAAUAAUGAGAACUCAUUUGAAUUAAUCCCCCGACAGUCAACAAGUGUGUUUUAGUUUUCCUGAAUAAAAGCUAUUUAUUUUGGUGUGUUGUUUUCCCAGGAUUCCGGUGUGGUGUCACGCAUAACGCAGUCAUUUUGAAUAAAGUCUUGAGGAAAAUAAAAUGUAAUCAACAGUGUCAAAGCGCAAAUGUUGAUCGCCAUUUUAUUUUCCUCAAGACUUUAUUCAAAAUGAUUGCUUCAUGUGUGAAAGAAGCACACAAAACAUUGGAUUUUGCAAUAUAAUCAGUGGAUAUUGAAGUGUGGGUUUGUAUUUGCCACUAUGUGAAGCUGCAUGUUUGGUUGUUGUGAUUCUUUGAUAAGAUAGAAUCAUAGCAUGAGGCUCACAUCUGUGUUUCUGUCAAAGGAAGGUAACCAAAUAUUGACCGUUCUUACACAGGGACAAGGACAGAAUCUGUUAACUUUUAGAUAACAAACCUCAGUCUAAUAAUUGGCCUGUCUGUGUAAACAUAGCCAUAAUUAUGUUUAAAGGAAAGAUUCCCUGUUCAAGCAGGCAGAAAUAUAUGAUGAGUUUUGCGUCAUAUUGAAAUAAAGCCAAUUAGUGGAAAAAAUUAUGCAAAACUCUUCAUACCGACUGUAUUUCUGUCUGCUUGAAGGGCGAAUCAGUCCGAUAAACAUGAAAUAACCCUUGGAAUCGAUAGAACAUUGCUCAGAGAUGCACAAAUACGAUAGAAGAUUCUAAAUGGGUAAAUCUUUCCUUUUAAUACUGAGUGCAUCAGUAGCUUUAAAGGGAUUCUUCAGGAUUUUGGCAAUGCCUUUAUCUACUUCCCAGAACUCAUGGAAUCCAUUUGUAUGUCUCUGUCUGCAGUUUGAAGGAAGUUGCUAACUAACAUUAGCGCAAUUGCUAACUAGCGUUCACACAAUGACUGGAAGUCUAUGGUAACUGCUAUUAUGCUAGUAGAUAACUUAGACUUCCAGUCAUUGUGCUAACACUAGUUAGCAUUGGCUCACUAAACUAACUUCAUAAAGUCAUAAAAAUGGUAUCCAUGAGUUCAUCUGACUCUGGGGAAGUAGAUAAAGGGCUUCAUUGCCAAAAUCUCAAAGUGUCCCUUUAAUGCUAGAUCUCCUGUAUGUGUUGUACAUAAUUGUAUGAUAAUCUGAGGGCUAAAAAGCUGAAUACUGUGGUUGGUAAUUACAGUAUUUUCUAGUAUACCGUUUUGUGUGGAUAAUACAAUGCUUAUUGUUGAAAUGCAUAUUUUUGAUUCCCUCAACAUGAAAAUUAAACAAUUUUCUCAGCGAUUCUGUAAACGUGUGGGUGCAUGGAUGUA